AUGCCUGGCCUGGUCUCAGCUACCGGAGUUCUGGGCUUCCUGGCCGAUGAGGAACACGACCUCAAGGUCUUCGCCCUCCAGACUCUCAACGAUGACAUCGACACCGUCUGGACCGAGGUUGCCGGCGCUCUGAGCCAGAUCGAGGCCCUCUACGAAGACGAAUCUUUUCCCCAACGCCAGCUGGCUGCUCUCGUACUUGCCAAGGUCUACUAUCACCUCCAGGCCUACAAUGAGAGUAUGACCUUUGCCCUCGCCGCAGGCGAUCUCUUCAAGCUCGAUGCCCCCGGCGAAUUCGAGGACACCAUCAUCUCCAAGUGCAUCGACCAAUACAUUGCCGUUUCUUCGGCCAAACACACCGUUCCCAAGUCCCCCCAGAGCGACAACUCUAUUCCCGCUUUGGCAACCACUUUUGCGAGCAGCGCCGCCGAUGGAUCUGCCCUCAUCUCCCCGACAACGCCCUUCUCCCAGACGACCCUCCCCUCCAAGUCCCUCCUCUCCCGCGUCUCGACCGACAACGCCAUCCUCGAUCCUACAUUCCAGCCCGUGAAGGAGGGUCGCUCCGCUUCCGUUGCCCCGAUCACUGAUCAUGCAACCCAGGCUGCGCUGCAACGCGUCAUCGAGCGCCUCUUCGAGUCUUGCCUCAAGGAUGGCAGAUAUCGCCAGGUUGUCGGCAUUGCCGUCGAGGCCAAAAACCUCGAGGUUCUCCGCCGUGUCAUCAAGCGCGCCAGCGAUGAUGAGAAGCGCUCCAAGACCAAGUCAACGGAUGGACAGGGCCCUGCCGAGGAGCUCAUGGAGUAUGCUCUGAGCAUCUGCAUGGAUAUCGUCCAGGAGCGGAGUUUCCGUACCGAGAUCCUGCGCUUGAUCUUGGAUCUUCUCAACGAAAUUCCGAACCCCGACUACUUUGCCAUUGCCAAAUGCGUCGUUUACCUGAGCUCCGACGAGGAGGCAUCCCGCAUGCUCAAGCAGCUGAUCACGAGUGGCGACCGCAACUCCAUCGCCAACGCCUACCAGAUCGCUUUCGAUCUGUACGACAACGGGACCCAGGAGUUUCUGGGCAAGAUCAUCAACUCCCUGCCCUCGGGCGAGCCUGCCAAGGUGCCCGCGAGCGAUGCUACCGAGGAAGAGCCUUUACUGGACAACCAGCAGUCUUCUGAGGAGGAGCUCUCGGCGGAGCUCUCCAAGGUAUACAAGAAUAUCCGUUCUAUACUGGACGGCAGCAAGACCAUCCAGCUGAACCUGGAAUUCCUCUACAGGAACAACCGUACCGAUUUAAGCAUCUUGAACAAGGUCCGGGACAGCUUGGAAGGCCGCAACUCCAUCUUCCACACCGCCGUCACCUUCUGUAACGCCUUUAUGAACCAGGGUACUACCAACGACAAGUUCUUCCGCGACAAUCUCGAGUGGCUCGGAAAGGCCGUCAACUGGUCCAAGUUUACUGCCACGGCUGCUCUUGGUGUCAUCCAUCGCGGCAACCUGACCCAGUCCCGGAAGCUUCUCGAGCCCUAUCUGCCACGCCAGAGCGGCUUGAGCAGCGGCUCCAUCUUCAGCCAGGGUGGUGCUCUCUACGCUUACGGUCUGAUCCAUGCCAACCACGGCGCCGACGCCCUCGACUACCUCAAGACCCAGUUCAUAUCUGCUGAGGAGGAGGUUAUCCAGCACGGUGGUGCUUUGGGUCUCGGUAUUGCCGGCAUGGGCACUGGCUCCGAAGAAAUCUUUGACAACCUCCGAACCGUUCUGUUCACCGACUCUGCCCUCAACGGCGAGGCUGUCGGCCUUGCCAUGGGUCUCAUCAUGCUUGGCACCGGCAACGUACGAGCUCUGGAGGACAUGAUCACCUACGCUCACGAGACGACUCACGAGAAGAUUGUUCGCGGUCUGGCCAUUGGUAUGGCACUGAUCAUGUUUGGCCGCCAAGAGGGCGCCGACGCCAUGAUUGAAGGUCUUCUCAACGACCCUGACCCGACACUGAGAUACGGCGGUAUCAUGACCGUCGCUCUCGCCUACUGCGGUACUGGCAGCAACAAGGCUAUUCGCAAACUGCUACACAUUGCUGUCAGCGAUGUCAAUGACGAUGUUCGUCGUGUCGCGGUCAUGAGCUUGGGUUUCAUUCUCUUCCGGAAGCCCGGCAGUGUUCCCCGUAUGGUCGAGCUGCUUUCUGAGUCGUACAACCCUCACGUGCGCUACGGCUCUGCCAUGGCCUUGGGUAUCUCUUGCGCCGGCACCGGCUUGGACGAGGCCAUCGACUUGCUCGAGCCCAUGAUGAAGGACCCCACCGACUUCGUCCGCCAGGGCGCCCUAAUCUCUCUGGCCAUGAUUAUGAUCCAGCAGAACGAGGUCAUGAACCCCAAGGUUGCUGCGAUUCGCAAGACCUUGAAGAAGGUUGUCGGCGAUCGUCACGAGGAUGCCAUGACCAAGUUCGGUGCUUCGCUCGCUCUCGGUAUCAUCGAUGCUGGUGGCCGCAACUGCACAAUUGGCCUCCAGACACAGACCGGCAAUCUCAACAUGGCCGGUAUUGUCGGUAUGGCUGUCUUCACCCAGUACUGGUACUGGUUCCCCUUCACCCACUUCCUCUCGCUCGCGUUCUCCCCCACCUCUAUCAUUGGCCUGGAUCACGAUCUCGAGAUCCCCAGUUUCAAAUUCCACUGCGCCACCCGUCCCAGCCUGUUCGACUACCCCCCCGAACAAGAAGUCAAGGCCGAGGAGGGUCCUACCAUGGUCGCCACAGCUGUUCUGUCGACGACAGCCCAGGCCAAGCGGAGAGCCCAGAAGAAGGAGCGUGCUCAGCGCCGAGAGAGCAUGGACAUCGAUUCCUCUUCUAAGCCUACCGUCUCCGACAAGAUGGAGGUGGACGAGAAGAAGGACGAGAGCAAGGAGAAGAAAGAGGGUGAUGCUGGCGAGAAGGAGGUAUCUGUUGCUCCGGCCGACACCAAAAAGAAGAGUGAAAAGGAGAAGGUCGGCUACGAGAUGGAAAACCUGUCACGCGUGCUCCCAGGCCAGCUCAAGUACAUCAGCUUCCCCGCUGGUCGUUACAAGCCGGUCAAGAAGCCUACCGGAGGACCUCUUCUCCUGCAAGACACACAACCGGACGAAGAGAAGUCUCUUAUUGAAGAGAAGCUGAAGAAGGUGACGACGGAGAAGGCCCCGGUCGCUGGACAAAGUAACGCCGGUGGCUCGUCGGCGGGGUUGACGCCGCGCCAGCAGCAGAACCUCAUCUCCCAAGCCCUCCGGGCCGGCAACGGUGGCGACCUUCGCUCUCUGAACGAGCUCAGCGAGUUGCUCGGUCGUCAAAGAAGAGGCGAUCUUGGCGGCGCGACGGAUGAGAGCGGUGCGGCAGCCGCCGCCGGCGUUCUGACUGCCGUUGACGAGGAUGGCGAAGGAGACGAGGAGGCUGAAGUGCCGAGGGAGUUUGAGUACUUCACAGAUAACGAGGAGGAUGAAGACGAGGAAUAA